UGCCCUCUUUCCCUAGGGUCACCCCCGCUGUCACAUAUGAUGUGUGGGCAGUGACCAGGGACCUGACACUGCAGGAAAAGGCUCUCCAAGACAAUGUAAGACCUGAGGACUUUCUCCGGUUCUGGACUGAAGGAAGAUAUGGAAACUGAGACCCGGAGAGAUGAAGUAGCUUAAUCAAGGUCAAAUCUCAAGGAGGCAGAAGCCCUGAAAUUUUACUGAUGUUCUGUUGGACUCCACCUAUCUCUCUACAAUUGUAUCACAUGGAAUCUUUGAAAGGCAGGUUGCAUAUGUCUCUGGAUGUCUUUAAAGAUAUGUCACGAAUGCAUAUGACAGCACCAACUUGUAAACUCUCCACAGACAAGCCAAUUUCAUCAGCACCUAGUGAUAUGGUCUACACAUGAGGUUCCAUCAUCUGGAGCUGGACAACUCUGAGCCCUGAGCACUAAAAGUGACUUCAUGCAUGUAUACCUAUGGUUCAUUUUCUUUAGGUGUAUGGAUGAGAUGCCAUGGAACCAGGGAAUCUCACGUGGGUAUCAGAAUUUGUCUUCCUGGGGUUCUCACAGACUCGAGAGCUCCAGCUUUUCCUGUUUCUGGUGUUCCUGAUUGUCUACACCACCACUGUCGUGGGAAACCUCCUCAUCAUGGUCACGGUGACCUCAGACACACGGCUCCACACACCCAUGUACUUUCUGCUCCGAAAUCUGGCUGUCUUAGACCUCUGUUUCUCCUCUGUCACUGCCCCAAAGAUGCUGGUGGACUUCCUCUCUGAGAAGAAGACCAUCUCCUACCAGGGCUGCAUGGCCCAGAUCUUCUUCUUCCACUUUCUGGGAGGCGCCAUGGUCUUCUUCCUCUCAGUCAUGGCCUAUGACCGCCUUGUUGCCAUCUCCCGACCCCUCCACUAUGUGACCAUCAUGAACACACAGCUCUGUGUGGCACUAGUGGUGACAGCCUGGAUGGUAGGUUUCGUCCAUUCCAUUGCCCAACUGGCUCUGAUGCUCCCAUUGCCCUUCUGUGGCCCCAACGUCCUGGAUAACUUCUACUGUGAUGUCCCACAAGUGCUGAGACUUGCCUGCACUGACACCACCCUCCUGGAGUUCCUCAUGAUCUCCAACAGUGGGCUGCUGGAUGUCAUCUGGUUCUUUCUCCUCCUGACCUCCUACUCAUUCAUCCUGGUGAUGCUGAGGUCCCACUCUGGGCAGGCGAGGAGGAAGGCAGCUUCCACUUGCACCACCCACAUUGUCGUGGUGUCUAUGGUUUUCAUUCCAAGCAUUUACCUCUAUGCCCGGCCCUUCACCCCCUUCUCCAUGGACAAGGCUGUGUCCAUCAGCCACACGGUCAUGACCCCCAUGCUCAACCCCAUGAUCUACACCCUGAGGAACCAGGAGGUGCAGGCAGCAGUGAAGAGACUAGGGAGGCGCCGGCUGGUUUGUAAAAGGGAGUGACAAUGAGUGGGUCACUUCUCUCUGGCUUUGUUUUCCAUUUGUAAAAUGGAGGGAAAGCUACUGUGUCUGCUGGCUGUCUUCAUAGCUUGUGCAUAUGUUGUGGAGGUCAUCAUAGAAGUGAGUGAGUUUUGAAACUAAGCAACUGACUCAGAUUUUUGGGAAAAAGGGAAAAGUCCCCUUUGGUGGCUAAGGUUUGUGCCAGGUUUCUAAAACCCCUGCUCAUUGAGAAGUGUUCUCAUGACUCUGGAAAGCUACACCCUUCUUUCCCCCUUCUUGGGGGAUCGUUUCCUCUUGUGAUGAGGACAUUUCCCCCAGCGAAGGCACUUCUAGUUUAUGUGUUUUGACUUCUCUUCCCAGCACCCCUUUUGACCUGUGUCCAGAGUGUUAGAGAAAGCACAGACCUUGAAGACAUAGCCUUAGCUUGGGAGCCCUUGACCCAUAUGUUACCAGACUGCUGACCUUGGAUAAGCUACCUGGCCUCUCUUGAACUCAUGGAUUCCUCCUCACCAAACUGGCAUAAAGCAAUAUCUGUCCCAAUAAUCUCACAGAUUUGUUAUAAGAUCCAAAACGUGUAUAAGAAUAUUUUAUCAACCUUACAUAGAACCUAUGUGAGGGUUAUUGUCAUUGUUAUGAUUAUUCCUAACAUAUAUUUUUUCAUGGGUUGAGCGGUGUUUUGGAAGUGUUUGGUGGCGAUUCCUCAGUGUGGUGAGGGAGGCAUGGAGAGGGUGGGAGCUGAACUUCAGAGGGCCAUGCAGCAUGCCCAUGAAUGAAACAGAGAACAGAGAGUAAGCAUAAAUUCAGGGGCAUGUCUUCAAGGAAAUAUUCUUAUUUUUAUUUGUGAUGGAUGAUUUAAACUCUUCUAUGACAGUAAGAUAUAUUCUCAUAGGAACAUUCUGGAAAGCCACACUCUCACACAUUUCUGCCUUCUUGGUGGACAGUUUCCUAUUAUUAUGACACCAUUUCUCCAUAAGAGCAUUGUAUUUUCUUUAUUUUGACCCCUUUUUCCAAUACUCUGUUUUGGUGUGAGUCUGGAUUGGUGGAAAUAGCACAAGACUUAGAGGUUAAGCUUUAAAUGAAAAUCUCUAACCCAUAACUUACCAAACUGAUGACCUGGGAUGAACCACUUGACCUCUCUUGGCCUCAUGACUUCUUCUUCAAUAAAUUUGCUUAAAUUAUUAUCUGACCUCCAAACCUCCCAAAUUUAUUAUAAGAAUCAAAUAAAAAAUCAUGUGAGAAAACAUUGGGCAAACCAUGUAAAUAUUUUUCUUCCAGUCUUUUUUUGAUGAUUGUAUUUUAUUUUCAAAUUUGAAAAUAUCAUGAAUGUUCAGAUUAUUUCUGCAUUACAUUUUCAGUGUAGAAUAAUGAUUGUUGCAAACAAAGGAUUAUGUGUAAAAUACAUGUAAGUUCUAGAACAUUAUAGCAUUAUGAGAGCUCCUAGAAAGACUACUUGAUGUAAGAAAUAGAAGUUACCAGUAACUUAUACCUACCCACAGGGUCCUCUGCCUCACAUUCACUCUCUCCUCCCCAGUGAAACUGUUUUCUUGAAUUUUGCAUUUGCCAUCCUAUUGCUUACAAAAACACUUCUAUCACAUUUUUACAUAAUCAGUAAAUAUACUGAUUCUGUUUUGUUUUAUUUUGAGCUUUCUGAAAAUAUCCUACUGGACAUAAUAUUCUUGGAUUUACUUCUUUUUCCACUCAACAUUAUAUUUUUAAGCUUAUUUGGUUUGUUUCCAGGUUUGUUUGUUUGUUUGUUUUGCUAUUGAAAACAGUGCUAUUUUGAAUAUUGCCUUAUUUGUCUCCAAUUGCCAUGUUGAGGAGCUAUGGGCUAUACCUUGAAAUAGAAUUGCUGGGAGGGACGCCUGGGUGGCUCAGUCGGUUGAGCGUCCUGACUUUAGAUUUUGGCUCAGGUCAUGAUCCCAGGGUUCUGGGAUCAGGCCCUGUGUUGGGCCCUGAGUUGAGUGUGGAGCCUGCUUAGGAUUCUUUCUCUUCCUCUGCCCCUCUCCUCUACUCUUGCUCUUUCUAUAAAAGGAGAGUGAGAGAGAGUGAAAGAGAGAGAGAGAGAGAGAGAGAGAGAGAGAGAGAGAGAGAUGGAAAUGCUAGGUUUUAAGAUCUUCAAAAAUAAAACUUUACAAAACGGUGCCAAAUUGUUUUCCAAAACUGUUGUACCAAAUUACACGUCCAUAAGCGGUGUCUAAGUGUUCCCACCAAUUCACAUCCUUCUAGCAGUUGAUAUUCUGAAACAUCUUAAUUUUUGCCAGUUUCAUGGGUAAAAAAUAUUUUCUCUGUAGUCUGUAAUCAUUUGCAUUUCUCUCCUCCCUAAUGGUUCUUUCCAUGUUUUUAUUGCUUUCACUUUUCCUGUGAAUGCCUUUCAUUAAUUUUUCUCUUAACUUUUUCUAGUGAAUGUGGGAAUUCUCACAUAAUUUGAUUACUGAUCAAUUGUUGGUUAUGUUAUAUACAAUAACUUCUCCCAGUUUGUGAUUUGUCUCUGUGGUGUUAAUUUUAAUGUAGUUGGAUAUAUUAGUCUUUCAUUUCAAUAUGAACUCAUUGAUCUCUAAUUUAAAAAAAAAUUGCUUCUUACCCAGAGGACAGAAAGAUAUUCUACAUAUUUCUUUUAUCUUAACUUAAAAAAUUUUUAACUUCUUGAAAAAUCUGAGAUUUAUAGAAAAGUUGCAAGUGUAGUAGAAGGACUGUUUUUUCCUGAAAGCUUGAGGAUCAGUAGCCGAUCUGAUGCUCACCAUUCCUUAAUACUUGAACAUGCAUUUUCUGCAAAGAUGUUUUCCUAUGAUACUGCCACACAUUCAUCCACACUGUUGCAGUAACAAUAUGUUGCUAGAAUCCAGUUUUCAGCCUCUAUUCAAGUUUUGCCAAAUAUCACAGUAAAGUCAUCUAGAAAGAGAAGCUGGAUCCAAAUCACAUGUUGCAUUUAGUUGUGUCUUUUUAGACAUCUCGAAUCUGGAAGAGCUUCUUGAAUUUGGUUAUCUUGGCACUUUCAAAGAUUACAGGCCAGUGAUUCUGUAGAAUGUCCUUUAAUUUGGAUUUGGCUGAUAUUUCGGGUGAUUAGCUUCAGGUGAUGCAUUUUGGUCACUCUUUCAAGGACAUCCCAGAAGCCAUGCUGUGUGUUCUUAUUGCAUGUUAUGAGGUGCGAUUGAUGUUGCUUUGUCUCAUUACUAAUGCCCUAUCACUUCGAUUACUUGACUGAGGAGGUGUUUGUUAGGAUUCUCAUCUUUGUUAUCAUUUUUCUCUUGAAAAAUAGUAAAUAUUUUGUGAGGAGGUACUUUGAGACUAUGUCAAUAUCUGGUUCUUUAUCAAACUUGCAGUUUAUUCUUUUGUUUAUUUCUAUCUGUGUGGACUUGUAUUUUCCUUUUUUUUAAUCAAUUGAGUUAUAAUCUGUUACUAAUUUGUCCCAGAGUUGGCCAGUUGGAGUCUCUUCAAGGUGCUUUUUCAAGCACAUCCUUACUUUCUGGCACAGUGUCAUGAACAUGCUUAUCUUAUAUUUUCCUGUUCUGGCUCUGGAAUCAAGUAUUUCUCUAAACAGUCCUGCCAAAAGCAAUUUUGGUGAAGAAUGGUGUUUACGGGUCACUAUCUGGGUGCUUGGAGUGCUCACUGAUUUAGCCAGGGUCAUGAAGAUUUACUCUAGUUUUCUAAGAGUUUUAUAACUUUAGCUCUUAUAUUUAGGUCUUUUUUGAAUUAUUUUUUUAAGUUUAUUCAUUUAUUUUUGAGAGAGAGGGAGCACGAGCAUGAGCCAGAAAGGGGCAGAGAGAGAGGGAGAGAGAGAAUCCCAAGCAGUCUCCACACUGUCAGCAUGGAGCUGAUGCAGGGCUUGAACUCACGAACUGUGAGAUUAUGACCUGAGCUGAAUCAAGAGUCAGACGCUUAACCUACUGAGCCACCCAGGCGCCCCUCGAGUUAAUUUUUGUAUAUGGUAUAAGGUAGCAAUCCAACUUUAUUCUUUUUUGUGUAGAUAUCCACUUGUCCUCGUGCCAUUCAUUGAAGAGACUAUUUUCCCCCAUUGAAGAGUUCUUUGAAAAUCAA